AUGAUCAGGGACAUCGUCCAAUCCAACUGGCAGAACCCGGAGUUUGCGUUCUUAUCGGCUUGCCAUAGCCAAACCACCACGGCGAGUCUUGACGAGUUAAUCCAUCUCAGUGCGGCUAUGCAAUUCUCUGUAUUUCGCAGCGACAUAAGUUCCAUGUGGUCUGUCGACGACGAGGUUACGGGAGGAAGUAUGUCUGCUUUUUACGGCAACAUCGGCGAUGGUUCAGGAAGAUUGGACUGCACACGCGCUGCGGUAGGGUUGCACAAGGCUGUGAAGUCACUGUUCGGGAAAAUUCCACUGGAACAACAGAUUGUAUUUGUUUAUGUAGGAAUAUAA